GAAGUCUCGCGAGGCUUGUCGCUCCGCGGCUGCCGAUAGCGGAGGUUCUGGUCUGUCCGGGAUGGGGCCGAGGCGAGCGGGCUGCUGGUCCGUCCCGCCUCUGUGUGAGCAGGGCUGUGCGUCCGCUCGCUGAGCUGGCACAGCGAGGGCGCGGAGACCACUCCCCGAGCGCCUCCAUCUCGCGGGUGGUCGUCGCCGGCUCUGACGGCUGAGGGGGACUGAAGCUGAGUGGAAUAACACGCGUGGGCGAGCCUCUGAGCCGGACUCCCUCUUCUCCGUGCUCUCCCUGAGCUCCUGCCGGGAACUGAGAAUGAGCUGCACCAUUGAGAAGGCACUUGCUGACGCGAAAGCCCUUGUUGAAAGGUUGAGAGAUCAUGAUGACGCAGCAGAAUCUCUCAUCGAGCAGACCACUGCCCUCAGCAAGCGAGUGGAAGCCAUGAAGCAGUAUCAGGAAGAAAUCCAAGAACUUAAUGAAGUAGCAAGACAUCGGCCACGAUCCACACUAGUUAUGGGAAUCCAGCAAGAAAACAGACAAAUCAGAGAAUUACAACAAGAGAACAAAGAACUGCGAACAUCCUUGGAAGAACACCAGUCUGCCUUGGAACUGAUAAUGAGCAAGUACCGAGAGCAGAUGUUCAGAUUGCUAAUGGCCAGCAAAAAAGACGACCCAGGUAUAAUAAUGAAGUUAAAAGAGCAGCACUCAAAGAUUGACAUGGUACAUCGUAACAGCUGCGAAGGAUUCUUCCUGGAUGCAUCUCGGCACAUCCUUGAAGCACCUCAGCACGGACUGGAGAGGAGGCACUUGGAAGCAAAUCAGAAUGAGUUGCAAGCACAUGUUGACCAGAUCACCGAGAUGGCAGCAGUAAUGAGAAAAGCUAUUGAAAUUGAUGAACAGCAGGGUUGCAAGGAACAGGAGCGAAUAUUUCAACUUGAACAAGAAAACAAAGGCUUGAGAGAGAUCCUUCAGAUAACUCGAGAAUCCUUUUUGAACCUUCGGAAGGAUGAUGCAUCAGAGAGUACAUCUCUGUCUGCCUUAGUGACUAACAGUGACCUGAGUCUGAGGAAGAGCUGAGUGGCUUUCUGCGUGGUCACUAGAACGGGCCCAGAAGUGAGUGGAUGAAUGAACAUAAAACUAAACUUCAGUCAACCUUUUUCUUCUAGUAUGUCCAAGGACACUGGCAAAGAGACAGCAGCAGUGUGUAUAACCAGUGGUCAUAAACUAGAUCCCAAUCCCAGUCAGAAAGAGAAGCUGAGCCACAGAGGGAACAGUGAGUCUUCAGGGUGCUGCUGCCCACUGCGGUGUCAGAAGUGCUGUUGGCUUUCUGGAUGAUUCAUAGAUCACCCUGAAUACGCCUCAUAAACGCUGGAAAGCCUAAAAAUUAUCACAGUUUUAAAAGUAAGGUUGGUGUGGUUUCUGAAUGGAAGACUUUGUUGUAAGUCUUCUCCUUCCUGUUGAGCGUCAGAGUCACCAUAGCUUGUGUACAUAAAGCUUCUGCGUUGGUGCUUGCCUCUCCACCUCCCGUGUGUUCAGUCCUCAUCAAAGGCAGUUCCCACUGAAAGGCUAUAGGAAUAUGUCACUUGCACCACAAACAGAAGGAAUAUACUUACACCUAGUUCCCAUAACUCUUAGCUAGCAGUUAUUCAUGACUUGCUUAAGUGUAUGCAUCUGAGGAAGGAAAGACAAAGAAUAUACUUUCUAAGAAAGACACAUUAAGUAGGUUAAACUACUUUGAAAGAUUAUGUUUUGGUUCUCUGUUAACAAUGAACCUGGUUCUUCCUCCUCUUUACAUGAUGUUUAAGGAUAUGAGACAGUUCACCACGAAUCAGCAUUGACAUAUUUAGAGAUAGGUAUGGUCAUUUCCAAGUAAAUUUGGAAUUCCUUUAUUGUUAUUUAAGAAAUUAUUCUUCAAACACUUACAAAGUAGAUGCAGGUUCCAAAAUCAAAGUUCUGGGUCUGAGUCUAAGCCCCAUUUAGUUCUUAUAACCUGUGAGGUUUUCCCUACAACCUAUGAUUCAGAAACUGGCAGUGAAGCGUGGACCCACAGGCAUUGUGCUUUGCACUUUAAAAAAAAAAAAAAAAAAAAGCUUUUAAGGCCACAGGAUAUGGAAGUGUGCUUUAAUACCAGUUGCAACCUAAAAACCGUUCUGUAGUGGUCAGAAUAAAAGAACAAAAAAUUGUGAAAUAUGGCUAAAAAUACACUAUGCUUGUAUGUGGAGUCCAUACUGAAAUUAGCACAGAUAGAAAGUUAGACUUUUCAGUAUAUCAUUUGUUAAGUACAUAUUACUUUGCAGUGUAAUUUUAUGUGUAAUUUCAUGUAUUGGCAAAAUUCAAAGGACUUUUUACUUGAGAACCUUUGAUUCUGAAGUUUGAGGUGAGUGGGGUCAUAGGUCUGUUAGGAAAGGGCCAGUACCCCAGAUGUUAAACCGUUCUCAUGCAGAGGCCUUAAUAUUUUAUAUAAGUGAAUUUAUUUUUAAGAUUUUUCUAUUGGUUUUUGGAGGGUAUCCCUUAAUUUAGUGGUACAUUCUUUCGUGUAGUUUUGUCCCGGGCCAGAAUUUUAAAAAGAAAGGCUGCACAGUUGAUACGAGUCAGAAUCAGUGUAUUGAGCAAGUUCUAUUGUGAAACGUUAUUUGAGAAGUAAUUAUUUUUAUAAAAAAUUAUUUAUCCUUUGUGUUCUUGGAUAUAAUUUUAAGGUUGUGAAUAUUGAAAGACAUUUGCUUUGUUUUUAGCAAGUUUUCCAUCCCCCUCCCCCCCCAAAAAAAACAGCUUUAAGCUUACAUGAGAGUGUGCUGAAGAGAGGAGCCUAUUUUGUCAAUAAAGAUGAGUGUUUAAAACUGG